CAGUGAGAGAGGAUGGGCUUUUAUUGUGAAGGCGUGUGUCCACGACUGCUGGGAAAAAAUACGCGCCUAACUCCACAACAGAGGGGGAGGGACAGUAUAAACAUUUAGAUUGGAUUCAAACUGUGGAAACGUGUACCUGCCCACUUAAACUUAAAUCUCAAUUAAAAUAUCUAGUAUAUGUCAGUUGUCGUCGUCCGGACUGACAGCGUUAUUAGUACCGUCGGCCCCACUGUCUCCAGCGGGCUUUUUGCAGCUGAUUCAAACAACACAGGUGGGUUCCUGGGAUUCAUUUGAUCUCCACUCACGUUCAGGAGAAUGGAUCCUGAAGGAAACUCACAAAUUCCAGACGGAGAGACCACCACGCCAGACCAGAACCCCAAAUACCAGAGAAGUUUGAGGAGCCUUCAUAUGCUCGCCACGAGGUUUGUCAGGUUGUUACAAGAAGCUGAAGGUGGAGUGCUGGACCUGAGAGAUGCCAUCAGGGUCCUGGCUUUCGGACAGAAAAGGCGAAUCUACGAUAUCACAAAUGUGUUGGAGGGAGUUGGUCUGAUUGUGAAAAUCUCCAAGAGCAUUGUAAAGUGGAAUGGCACAUUGCCAGGAGAAAAUGCAUACAGGGUAACAAACAGAGUGAUGGAGCUGAGGUCGGAGCUGAAGGACUUAGAGGAGAAGGAAAGUAUGUUGGACCAGCAGAAGUUCUGGGUUGAACAGAGCACCAGGAACACAAAAGAAGACUGCAGCAAUCUGACCUACGUGAAUCAUGACGAUAUCUGCAACUGCUUCAGCGGCCAUACUCUCUUGGCAGUACAAGCGCCAUGUGGCACACAGCUAGAUGUGCCCAUUCCCAAAGCUGUCCAGAACUGCCCAGCAAAGUACCAGAUCCAUCUGAAAAGCAUCAAUGGACCGAUAGAUGUUGUACUUCUUAACAAACUCUCUGUCAGCUCUGUUCCUGUCGUACUGCCAGUCCCACCAUCUGAAGAACUUUUACGCAACGCCAAAUCCGCAAUGUCCACUUCACACGAGAGAGAAAGCGGUAUCGCACUGUGUCAGGCUUCAGCUGAUAUCAAACAUGGCACCAAAUCGAGAAGGAUGUUCAUAGAGGAAAUGCUGCACCUUCAGUCAUCGUCACGCUCAAAUGCUGAGCCUAACAGAACUGAUGCAUCUCAAUUGCGAGAUUUAUCAAAAGAACUGCAGGAUCUACUACGCCCGACCAAAGAAUUAAUGAAUAAAGAUCUGCUCAAGGAGCUUAUGGCUUCUGAAAUUAUUUCUCCCCUCCGAUGUCUAUCUCCGCCCCCAUCUGAACAAGAAUACGCCUACAGUCUGGAUGAGAGUGAAGGCCUCUCUGACCUCUUUGACAUCCCCAUGCUCAAUGUUUGACCAUAAACUUCAUUGUUAAGGACUUCAAAGAAAACUGUUUACUCCAGAAAUGUACAUAGCUGUCUGUUUUUAAAUAGUUA